GGCACAGAAACAUCCAUUCCAUCCACCUCCAUUCCAUGCAUUCCAUCCAAACCCACCAUUCUAUCUGAACCAACUGUCUCUGAUGCAAAGAGGAAAAUUGUCUUCACUCCAGAAAAAAUGAAGAAAAGAUUAGCUACGCCAACGAAGACAUGUUCAACAUUGGAUGCUACCACAGCAUCACCUUCAACAUCAACCAUCACACUAACUGGUUAUGUGCAUGAUGUAGUGACCCAGUCCAAACACCUCACAUUCAAAUUACAAACUGCUGAAAAUACAUACCAGCAUGUCAUCACAUUCGUACCUGAACAAUUCAAAGCCACAUUGAUCAAUAACAUGGAAAACACAUUUCCUAUUGAAAUCCAAAACCAUGGAUUCAUUCAGUCCAAAAACUCAAAACAAAUGGAUGUGAAACUAACAUCUAAAACAAAAAUCACUUCACUUCCUAAGCAACUCACAUUCUGCCACAAACCUCCAUCAACUGUAAUUACUGCAGUCAACAGCAUUCACCACUUGCCAGCGUUUCAAAAGAUAAACAUAGAGGUCAUUGUUCUUGCCCAAGAGGAUAAUACUGAAACAAAGAACACAACAUCAGGGCCCAUGACACUAAUGAACAAGUAUGUUUCUGAUGCUAGCGGACUGAUCAAAUUGACAUCAUGGGGUGACCACAUUCAUUCUCUUGAGGUUGGAAACAGCUUCAAACUCACCAAUGUUUCUGUCAAAGAAUUCAAUGAGGAAAAAAGUUUGUCAACAGCUGCACAAACAAUCAUCACUCCAAUUACACAAUUAACCAAGUACAUACAAAUGGAGACUGCCACUAUCAAUGCAGAACUUGUGGGAGUUGACAUUUCAAAGCAUUACAGAUGCAACAUGUGCUCCACCCUCAACAAUCAUGUCGAUUCAUCAUAUGACCGUUGUCAAAACUGUAACUGCCAACAAAAACUGACCAAAGUCGAAAACCUUUACAAAGGUAAAGGUACAUUCCUACAAGGAAAACAAUGCUUCAAAUUGAACUUCAGUGAGAAUUGUGUCUCGGAGAUAGUAGAUGCUAUCAAAGCAGCUCAACAGGCAAAUAACCAACUAUCAGCACAGGACGUUGAAUCCUUCUUACUGGAUUACAACAGCAAUUUUGAGGUUGUUUUCUACAAAACCACUGCAACGAUUAUCUCUUGUACUCCCUGUGAGUAAGCCCUAUCCUCACAGAAAUGUUCAAAGUGUCAUAUCCACAAUAUUUGAGAUUUGGUAUUUGCUUAAUGCCCAACAUGUAUUCAACUUACUGGAGAGUAAGAUUCCUCUUUCUGUAAUUAUGUUAUGCUGUUAAGUUUAGGUUUCUCUGAUUUUAGAUAUGAAUCAAACAAAUUAUUGUGUUCUCUGUAUUUUGAUUUACCAAUCAUGUUAUUAUUUUGUAGUCAUUCUUUGUUAUUGACAUGUAAACCUCAUGUAUCUAUGCAGAACUAUCAAUGCAAAACUUAUAGCAGUUGACAUUUCAAAGCAUUAGGCCGGGUUCGCAUCAAGCUACACCGUAUAUAGACACGCCAAAAAACAAUAGCUAAACAAAGUGACGUGUUCACCACCAUCAAGCCAUUGUUUGCCAGCUUGUCUAUAUACCAUGUAGCUUGAUAUGAACCCAGCCUUACAAAUGCAACACCUGCUCCACUCGCAACAAUCAUGUUGAUUCACUAUAUGACAGUUGUCAAAACUGUAACUGACAAAAGUCAAAAACCUUUACAAAGGUAAAGGUACAUUCCUACAAGGAAAACAAUGCUUCAAAUUGAACUUCAGUGAGAAUUGUGUCUCGGAAAUAGUAGAUGCUAUCAAAGCAGCUCAACAGGCAAAUAACCAACUAUCAGCACAGGACAUUGAAUCCUUCUUACUGGAUUACAACAGCAAUUUUGAGGUUGUUUUCUACAAAACCACUGCAACGAUUAUCUCUUGUACUCCCUCUGAGUAAGCCCUAUCCUCAAAGAUAUGUUCAAAGUGUCAUAUCCACAAGAUUUGAGAUUUGCUAUUUGCUUAAUGCCCAACAUGUAUUCAACUUACUGGAGAGUAAGAUUCCUCUUUCUGUAAUUAUGUUAUGCUGUUAAGUUAAGGUUUCUUCGAUUUUAGAUACGACUCAAACAAAUUAUUGUGUUCUGUAUAUUUUGAUUUACCAAUCAUGUUAUUAUUUUGUAGUCAUUCUUUGUUAUUGUUGUUAUACCUCCUGUAUGUACAGCAGGGUGUUUCAGAAAACAUCUCACCUACAAAAUAUUCCCCAACACUAAAACUAGGAAAUAUUUUGGUCUACAAAUGUACACUGGCAGAUGUGAAAGACUACUCUUCAAAUGUUUACUCUAAUGGCUUAUUGCAUGAUUGCACAAAACGCCUUUACCUGAAUAGAUUCUAAACAAUGCAACAACCAACCUCACACUGUGGACAAAUGGUACAAUGCCCAAUACCUUGCCUAUUACAUAAUACUAGUAGUUAUUAAACUAUCAAUGCAGAACUUGUGGCAGUUGACAUUUCAAACAUUACAGAUAUGUAUUGCUUUAACGUAAUACAUGUAUAUAUCUUAACCAUUAUGAAAUUGCUAAGACAUUGUCCAUUCUACCUUUUAUUCCAGUGCUAAGUUAAUAUUCAAGCCAUUUUCAACCCAUUCACAUAAAGGCCUCUUGUGCUUAAUGCAUUUUGCAAUCAGAACAAACAUUUCAAAAAUAAGAUCAUUUAUAACUCACUUUAUUUCAUGAAACAUUUAUACCCCAAAAUCAUUAGAUUUAAGUAACAUUUUUAGAUGAUACAUUUUUUCUGAACCACCUUGUAGUCUAACGUGUGUUUCAUUGCUUUGUAAACAAGUCAGCAUUUUGAACUUAAGCGACGUUUUUUUUUAUUUCUUGAAUUACAAUAUCUCGUCACUGCAAAACAUUCAAAUUCUGCUAAAUGUCACAAUACCCCUUUCCUCCUUUUUUUCCUGUAUAUCACAUGCAUUCCAAGCUUUAAAAAAAUCCAUAAUCCAAUUAUUAAAAAGAGCAUUAAUCACUAGCUGGAUGACAAUAAUCAUUGUAAACAUUCCAGCAUCUUCACUUCACUCAAUAUCUAGAAUAUAAUUCAUCUCUGUGAUUUUCAAUGAUUCUAUAUGAUUUUCAAUUACUUGCUCGACAAGAUAAUAAUUACAAACCUAUUACAUACAUGUAUAUGUAUAGCUUUGCUUACAUACAUAUAUAUUUUUCCAUUUCAUUUUGUAAUAAAA